AUCCCACCAAAUGCCUGUCUAAGUUAGGCAGAGCCAGGGAGGCCUCUCCUCUCCUCUCCUCUUCUUUCCUUCAAUAUUACUGUAUAAACUAUUCCCUUUUGCAUAUCUCUCCCUUUAAACAUGCAGUCGCUUUCUUCACCUCCCCUUUCUAAUUCCCUUGUACCCUUUUCCACUUCUCUGAUGGCUUUCAUCAUGCGAUAUGGACUUUCAACUGUGUGUUUGUUGUUUGAGCCAGGUUAACCCUGUGAUGUUUAGGGUUUUUGAAAAAGCAGAGAUGCAUGCAGUGAUCCGUCGCCAAAGAUAUUAAUUUGGUCAAAGACAGCUCUUCAUCAUCUUCUUGGGUCUUGGUCUACCUCUUACUGCAACAAGUUCCCAGACAUGUCUCUCAGAGGAUGCAAUUACCAAAAUUUGCAUGCUCAUCACUGGAGAAAGACACAAGUUGCAUGUCUGCAUUAAUUUUAAAGCUUUGUUUUCUAUUUUUCCUUGUCUCUGUCAUGCUGUAAUAUGCACGCCGUGUUGGUUAUUAUCUUUUCAACCCCUCGAUCAGAUAAGCUUUGUAUCUGUGAGUUUGGACAAGGGAAAUACACAGUAUAUUUCUUG